AUGGCGUCUAGGAAGCGGAAAGCCGACGACGACGAAAUGUCCGUUUCGCCCCUCAGUUCACCGGCAACAUCCUCGAGACAACUAGCGAGGCCAUCGAAGAAAAUACGAGGUACCACCGACAUGGCCGGCCGCCCCUUAUCUCUCCCACGCCUACUCGAGACCCUCGACAACACACAAUUGCGCACAGUCCUCCAGACCAUUUGCAUGCGACACCCAGACAUUGGGCGCGAGGUUGUGUCGGGUGCGCCACGGCCAUCGGUUGCCUCAGCGCUUCAGGUCCUGGGUGAUUACCAACAAAAGCUACGGGACGCCGUCCCGUUCGGACAGUCCAGCUCCGACUACACUUAUUUCCGUGUCAAACAACCGCUCGCCGCGCUUGUCGAUGCCAUCUCCGAAUUCACGCCACAGUUCCUCCCGCCGGUGGAGCAGCAAGCCAACAUUUCAUUACAGUACCUAGACGCCGCAACCAGAGUCAUCCACGAACUCCCUGACUGGGAGAGUCAGCAGUACCGCCACCACAAGGAUAACGCCUAUGACGAAAUUUCGGGCGCCUGGGCACUAGUCAUCAAUGAAGCUGCUAAGCGCGGAGGGGGAUUUGUCUUACACUCGAGCGGCUGGGACCAAAAGCUGGCUAAGCACAACCAGCAGUCGGGAGGGAAGCUCGAACAAGCGAUGGGCGCCAUGGCAACCGAGGUCCCUUGGGCUGGCAGUAACCCGGCAGCGGUGGGUGCCCCGGGAUCCGGAUUAUCGGACCCCAACUCAAUCCUGAACCAGCUUAUUAGCGGCGCCUAUGGUUCGCCUGUCCGUGUUGGUCCCUGGUAG